GACAAACUCUUUCUUGUUAAGUGUUAACCUUGAUUAAAUGAUUUAUUUCAAGUGUUGGAUACAGCUAUGUGUCCAACAUGUCUAUGUUCAAUUUUUUGCAAGUUUGUUUGUUCUUUUUUUUAAUAUGUAGUUGGAGGAUCCUUGGAGUGUCGUAUCUUUAUACUCAUGUUGAGAAAUGUGUCAAAUAUGGUACUUCAAGAAAACUGAAGAGUCAGAAUGGCAUGCUGUUGCUUCUUGGACUUGGGAUGCUCAAGAUGAGACAUGUGGAAUUUGUAGGAUGGCCUUUGAUGGUUGCUGUUCUGAUUGUAAACUCCCUGGGGAUGAUUGCCCAUUGAUUUGGGGUGCAUGCAACCAUGCUUUCCAUCUUCAUUGCAUCCUGAAGUGGGUGAACUCACAGACUUCUCAAGCACAUUGUCCGAUGUGCCGUCGGGAGUGGCAGUUCAAAGGAUGACCACCCAAUGCAUUCAUCGAUGCUUAUGUUGCUGGUGUACUUAACUCUUCUCUCUUUGAUUUACAUGUACUCAUGGAUUUACCAAA